GAUUGGAAAUGUGACGUCAAUCACCAGUCAGUGAUUUGAAUGAUUUUAUUUAUUUUAAUUAGAUAGACGAACAGUCGUCGUACAGUUCACAGUUCUUCUACAGACGAUUUAGCGUAAAACUACUUAAGCUUUAUCUGUUAAAUAAAACUUUUAGUUCUUUAAUAUGGAGUCUUCGCCGGAGAUUAAAACCCCCGAACCUGAGAGUUCUACAGCUAGCAAUAUCUUUUUUGAACUUAUAUACAGCCCUGUGAACAUACUUCUUACUGUUAUUAUUGUAGUGUUAGUGUAUAAAAUAUAUAAAAGCAAGUCUACCAAAGUUGCUGCGGAGUUGCCGGAACUUCCAAAACUCCGUAAAGAUAUGACUGUUGCUGAAUUACGGCAAUACGAUGGUUCUCAGCCCGAUGGUCGAGUGCUUGUAGCGGUAAAUGGCUGGAUUUUCGAUGUUACCCGAGGCCGUCGUUUCUAUGGUCCCGGUGGUCCAUAUGCAGCUUUUGGUGGUAAAGAUGCAUCCAGAGGACUAGCAACAUUUUCCGUGACAUCAUCAGACAAGGAGUAUGAUGAUCUCAGUGAUCUCAAUUCAAUGGAAAUGGACUCCGUGAAGGAAUGGGAAGCACAAUUCAGAGAAAAAUAUGAACUGGUUGGCAAACUUCUCAAGCCAGGGGAAGAACCUACAAGUUACUCCGAUGAGGAAGUAGAGGAGUCUGAUAUUGAGAAGAAAAAAGAGAAGUAAAGAGAGAGCCCCGAACUCUUUCUGUCUUCUCCGCGGCAGGCAAGAGUCUAUACUCGAAAUACGAUCCUUUGAAAAUGUAUUUAUUAUUGUUUUUUUAAUAUUUUGAUAAAGCUUUGCUAAGCAAAAACUAUCUAGUAGACUGAUAACUAUUCUAACUGUAUGUAUCGCCUAAAUGUUAUGCAUGAAUUAUUCUAAAAAAACUUUUCAGAAAUAGUUAAAAACGCCUAACAUCACUAGGCUUAAGUCAUGAUAUUUAUA